UGGAGUUUCCAGGUUCGGGAAUUUGGUUACGAGUGGAUCUGUGGAUAGUGAAAUAAGUACUGUAGUGGAUUCAGGUUUCGGGAACGGUAUUCUGUUCUUUCGGUAAAUUCUGUGUACUGCUUUGUUAACUGCUGUAUUAGAAUCAUAAGAUUAAAAAUCCGAGAUGCCUCAGAGCCGAAGCAAGAAUAGCUCUAACUUGGGUCGGGCUAUGAUAAAAAAUCGUUUCCAAUCCAAACGAGCUCCUAGUGAUCAGUGGAUCGCUCCAGCAGAUGCCACUUUUACAGCAGCACAUAAAAGCGUAAACUUAAAAUCUACCACGGAUUCAUCAGAUUUGGAGGAAUUCCUGGCAUCGGCAACUUUGGCAGGAACUGAAUUUGAAGCUGAACGUUAUAAUGUGAAAUUAGUAACUCCGGAUCCUCGGAAAGGAGUAUUAUCUCCCAGUGAAGCUAAACGCGUUAAAGAAAUGCAUGACACAUACAAGAAGUUCUUAAGCAUUCCGCGACGACCGCAUUGGGAAAAGUCUACUGUAUCGGCUGAUCUGGAUGCUCGAGAGCGGGGGGAUUUUCUGGAGUGGCGCAGACAGCUGUCCGAAAUUGCUGAAAUUGAAGGAUUGAUUGUGACUCCGUAUGAAAAAAAUUUGGAAGUAUGGAGGCAGUUAUGGCGGGUGUUAGAAAGAAGUGACAUAGUCGUUCAGAUUGUGGACGCAAGAAAUCCCUUGCUGUAUUAUUGCGAAGAUUUGGCCAAAUACGUUGCUGAAAUCAAUACGGGGAAAGAGCAUUUUAUUUUGAUCAACAAAGGCGAUUUGUUGUCGGACGUGCAGCGGCAAACGUGGGCUGAUUAUUUCAACCAAGCCGGUUUAAAAGCAGCGUUCUUUUCGGCGCUCCAAGCCUCGGAUGCCAACGUAGAAGUAGUUUUGUUUGUUGCUCCUACAUUGUUGGUUAUCUACAGAUCCUCCAAAAAAAUUAGCGAAGAACAGGUGGAAAAUAUUUCCAGUGAAUCCGACGAAGAUGACGAAACCGACACGUCCGUGGAAAGUUCAGAGUCCGACAGCGAGGAUUUUCAGAACGAAGAAAGUUCUGAAAGCGCAGAUCAGUCGGAUCGGUUUAAGACCCUUGUACCGGACGAUUCCGAAUGUCGCGGCGGUUCUACAGAAGGUGCCACAGCACCUCUUAUAGCGGCAGUUCAAGAAUCCUAUCAAUGUUCCAAACGUGUCUUGUCAAGGGAUGAUCUACUGGAACUGUUCCGAAUAUUGCGUCAAUCAGAAAAUACCUUCAUGGCAGAUGUUACUACUGUUGGAUUCGUUGGAUAUCCCAACGUAGGAAAAAGUUCCACCCUGAAUGCUCUCAUGCAGCACAAGAGGGUAUCCGUAUCGGCUACACCAGGAAAGACAAAACACUUUCAGACCAUGUAUGUGGAUAAAACCUUAAUGCUCUGUGAUUGCCCGGGAUUGGUCAUGCCUUCCUUUGCCUCCAGUGCGGCGGAUAUGAUAUGUAAUGGAAUUUUGCCUGUUGACCAGCUGCGAGACCCUCUACCGCCAGUAAAUCUAAUCUGCUCGAGAAUUCCCAGAAGCGCUCUUGAAAGUAAAUAUGGGAUUCAGUUGCCAUUUGUUAAAGAAUAUGGCGUGGAUUAUGAAAUAAUUCCACCGCCUACUGCGGAAGAAUUUCUUAAUGCUUACGCAAGCAUGCGGGGAUUUGUGACAGCUCGGGCACUUCCUGAUAUCUCACGAGCUGCACGACAUAUUCUGAAAGAUUAUAUAAACGGCGAAUUGCUUUACUGCCAUGCUCCACCCGGUAUUAACCAGGACACAUAUCACUCGAAUGAAACCGAUACGGAACUUCAGUCAACCGAAUCGGGAGUCCAAAAUGAGGAAAAGCAUCAAAAGGCGGAAGGUGUUUUGGUUUCCAGUGCGUCCACGCUACCGGCUGAGUUAUCGACAAAUACGCGAAGUGGAAGAGUCGACAGGGAGUUUUUCGCUGAGAGUGGAGCUGGAAUUUACGAGAAGCGUGGUGGAAUCAAUAAGCUUAGCAUCACAAGGAUGGAAGGAGCUUUGACGCCUUUUGGUCUUCCCUACGAACAGUACAUGGAAAAUCUCGCUAAGAUGAAUAUCUUACUGAACCGGAAAAUCUUGGCCGAUUUUGACAUUUGGGAGCCGCGGACAUUUCGAGUAGGACUAGGUGUCAGAGAAGUGCGAAAGUUUUGUCAUCAGUCUUUGACUACUCUGGUCAGUCACAAGUGUGAUUUGGAGAAUGUCACUACUUCCGUUCAAAAAGCCGUGAGAUCAUAUCCAACAGAUUCGGUUUUAGUGCGUAGAUGUCUUGAAUUUUAAUAGCGGGUUUCAGUUUGUUGUUCCUGUUUGUUUCGUGAAAUUAAUAUCAUUGUUAGUUCGUUAUAACUAUGCUUGUGUUCAAAACGGUUGACGACUGUUACUAGUGUUACGCAGCGCACCAACUGCUAAGCACGAUAAAGUAAA